UACAUAUCAGUUACAGAUAGAUAGACAAUAAAUUACCUAAAAGUCAUCUACAUUAUAACAGCACUUGUUUAGCAGCAAUGUUCUGAGUUGAUUUUUGAAUCUAGAAAGCUUUCUCUCUGACUUGAGUUCAAUUGGCAACUUAUUAAAUAAACCUAUGGUCUGAUGACGCGCACAGUGCUUUACAAUUUGCAGAGCAGGUAUAACUUUUAGAGUUAAGUCCUUUCGCCUAGUACUUUCGCGUAAUAAUAUUUCUUCUUCCGUCUCAAAAAUAGCUCUGUUUUUAAUAAAGUCUGUUAAAAUCACAAAAAUAUAUAAGGAGGGAACGGUUAAUAUUUGAAGUCUUUUGAAAUGUUCCACGCAUGACUCCCAUGGUGGUAUACGGACCAUGGUGCGUAUGGCUCUCUUUUGCGCUACAAAAGCUUUAUUAAUGUUGUAAUCGUAGCUUCUACCCCAAUAUUUUAUACUAUAGCGCAGCCUAGAUUCAACUAGAGCAAAGUAUAGCGAUUUCAGUUGAUCCACCGUGAGUUCAUCCCGUAAGGUUCUCAGUGCACAGCAAGCACUGUUGAUGCUAUUUUCCACGGCCUUUAACUCAGGCUUCCAGUUCAACAAAUUGUCAAUUUGAAUACCGAGGAAUUUCACUGCUGUCACUGGUUCAAUAACUACAUUUUCUAACUUUACAACAAGGGUAUCUCUAUUUUUAGCCGUCGUUUUAAAUAACAUUACAUUGGUUUUGGAUGCAUUUAGUUUUAGGUUAUUAGCUGUAAACCAAUUUUGAAAUAAUGUUAGAAUAUUAUUUAUCUUUCUAUUAAGAGCGUCAAUAUCACUACCCCAAACUACUGCAUUUGUGUCAUCGGCAAAAAUUACUAGUUUAAUGUCAGAUUGUAAAGUUGUUAUGUAAUUUAUUAAAUCAUUGAUAAAAAUUAUAAACAAUAUUGGUCCCAAAAUUGAGCCCUGUGGGACUCCCCUAGUCACUUUAUGCAUUUUUGAAUUUUUUAUGGAAUUCAAAAACUCUCCCUUAGAGUCUCCUACCUCAACAUACUGUUGCCGGUUGCUGAGGUAGGACUUAAGAAGGUUUAAAGUUUUGCCCUGAAUACCACAAAAAUCCAAUUUUCUUACAAGGAUUUCGUGGUCCACUGAAUCGAAAGCAGAACUAAGGUCCAAAAAGAUGCCAGCAACUUUCAAUUUCUCGUUUAAUUUAGAAGUUACGUCAUGUACAAUGGUGUCCAUAGCAUUAGCUGUACCAAUACCUUCCUGAUAGCCGUAUUGCCUUUCAUUCAAAAUAUUGUUAGCUUUCAAGUGUCUAAGUAGUCUCGAUUUAAUGAUGUUCUCAAAUAUUUUAGAAAGUAUAGGCAGCAAAGCAAUCGCUCUAUAGUUUAGUGGGUCUAACUUAGAGCCUUUUUUAAGUAUGGGAAUUAUUUUUGCUAUUUUCAAUUGCUCGGGGAAUAUUUCAUCUUCAAAACAAUUGUUUAUAAAAUUUGCUAUAGGCCACGCUAAGAUGUCAAUAUUGUUUUUGAUUAUUGAUAUUGGAAUGUCAUCGUACCCCGAAGAUUUUUUAUUUUCCAUUUUCCUAACUACAUCGAUAAUUUCAGCUUCGGUUACGGCUGGAAAAUCGCAUGUGUGUAAAAUUUUAUUACCAUAAUUAUUUAGAAGUACAUCCGAUAUGUUUACAUCUCCAAUAGACUGUUGUUUUCCACUAUCAAAUAUAUAUGAAAAGGUAUCAGCUAUACUUUGUGAGUCCGUGAUUAAUUUGUCGUCAAUUUUGAGGGUCAUUGGGUUCUGGUUUUCAGAUUUCUUUCUAUUUAAACGCUCAUUAACAAUUCCCCAAACACGUUUAUUCGAGUUAAUGUGUUUUGUUACCACCGAUUGCACACUAAGUCUUUUUGCAGAUCUUAUAACCCUUUUGUAUAUAUUAAGAUAACGACGUCUAUAUUCAUAAAUGCUAGAAUGAUUACUGUUUUUGUCUAGUAUGCAUAAGACUCGUUUCAUUUUACUAGAUAUUCGUAUACCUCUUGUGAUCCAAUUUACCUUGCCAUGUUUAUUCCGAUUGAUUUUCCUUUUCUUUUUUCUAAAACAUUUCUUAAAAGUGUUAACUAGCGUUUGAAUGAAAGUGUUAAUUCCUAAUUUCGUCCAGUCUACACGCAAUAGUUCUUGUCUGAAAUACGCCUCAUUUACCUUAUUAAAACACCUUUUUUCAACGAAUGCUACGUUUUCGCGCCAUUUCUCAGUAUUCCCACUAUCACUUAUAUUAGCAACUAUACACGCAUGUCCAUCUGAGAGUCCAUUAUGGUCAACUUCAGUCGAAAUAGGAGUAACUUCAGGCAGAUUAGUCAAAAUAUUGUCUAUGCAAGAUUCUGAUCCAUUUCUAGUGAAUGUUAUUUCGUCAACUAAAUACCUAAAAUUAUAAGAAGUCAGCAAGUUCAAAAAUUCUGUCCUGUUAGCACUAUCUGCCAGUAAGUCUACAUUAAAAUCUCCUGUUAUUAAACAUUUCUUACUGAAGAAGCGCUGUAAAAAUAGUUCAAAUCUUACAAUAAACUCAUUGAAAUUGGUAUUAUUAUUAUAAACACAAAAUAUAUACAAAUUAGUAUCCUUGUCUCUAAUACCACAUAGUUCGAAGUGUUCAGUUUUGCUUAGUUGUUUACAUAUGUUUACCUCCUCUACACUUCUCCCUUUACUAGCUAAAAUCAAUGAUCCUCCCCUAGUCUUAUUCGUUCUUACAAAAAGUGUUACUAAGUCAUAAUUUGUGAAACUUAGCAUUGGAGCAGAGUGAAUGUCUAAGAAGUGUUCACAAAUACACACAAAACUGGGCUUAUCCACUAAGUUUUCUAUAUAAAGUUCAAUUUGAUCUUUUUUUGAAUUUAAGCCACACACAUUCUGAUAAAAAACAGUAGUUAACUGGAAGUGCGCCGAGUCUUGUUUUUUAUAUAAUGUAUCAAAUUUACUGCUCUCGAAAAAACUUUCCUGUGUGAAAUGUGUUGUUUUGGGAUUGUGUAAUUAUUGAUGACUUGUUGACAUUAUCAUUUACUGUACUAAAAUAGUCAAGGAUGUUUUUUUGUUUGAAUUUUUUCUUUAUUGUACAGAGAGCAUUUUUUUCUGUAAAAUAAUCAGUGAUUUUUUUUUGGACUUGGAACUUAUGAUAACCCUUAUUUACUGAGUUUGUGAUAUUUGCACCAUAUUUAUAAUUUUUGUACAACGUUGAUAUAUUUGUGAUAAAAUUGCAAACAUAUUGUGGAUAGUCAAUUUCGACAUUAAUUUUAGUAGCAAUAAAUUCUAGGAGGCGAGAUGAUUUAUAGUUGUAGUCAAUAUGUAAAAAUUUACAGUUAGGAUAGUUCAUUGCAAUUAAUUCUAAUUCAUAAUUAAGUUUUUUUAUAUUAAGAUAUUCAUUAUAUGGUGUACUCAUUAAAAUAAUUUUGUUGUCCUUAAAUCUAGACAAGAUAUUACAUAGAUCAGAUUUCAAUAUGUAUGGAUUUUUGUCCAUUGUGCCUAUAGAUAAAACAAUAAUGUCCGUGUUAGAGAUAGAGGAUAAAUUAUUACAGCUGCUUAAAAUUUGUUUCGAAGUUGCGUUGGGUUUGAUGAAUCCGUGUACAUCAUAUAUGUCGUUCCACUUUCCGUUCCUGGUCUUCAUAAUUCUUUUUGUUAAACCACAAGCUUGUUCUCCGCCAAAGAUGUAUAUUUUAGGUCUUUGGUUCGAAAAUGGUAAUUCAAGAUUGGUACUGGUGGCGCCACCUAUGAUUUCUAGUUGUGAUGACUGAUCUAGUUUAGAUGUAGUUUGCGACUGAAGUAAAUUUUGUGGGUCCAAAGUGAAAUCUAGUUGGUUUUGUUUUAAUCUCUGUCUUUUCCCCCUAAAAGAAGUAUUAAUUAUCCUCUUUGAACACGGCGAGUCACUACAUAUGUGGCCAUGGCAAGAAAUUGGACAAAGAAACACACACUCCCAUGCUGAAGAUAAUUAAAGAUAUUAUGCUGCUUGAGAAAAAUGAUCCAGAGAAGACCAAUUUGCUGAAUGAAAAGGAACGUCAUAAAAAGAAAAAACCAUAUUCAUCGUCUAGAUCAAAAACCGAUUAUAUUGUUAAUAGAUCCUGUGAAUCAAGCAGCUGCGACCGAAACAGAGAAUCACAACAAAUCAUCGAAAAUAGACAGUAUGACGUGCACGCCGUUAAAACUGGUCAGGACAAACUAAAAAGUCCGUGCGGUAACGCUAAAAGAUCGAAAGACACCAGUUCUUGUGGCUCUUGCGCAUUAAAACGGCUGGCGACUUCGGAAUACGCUUGCCUCGUAUGCCUGGGCAUAGUGUUCGUGAUAACCAUAGCAGUCGCUUUCUUCAUGGUCUUCAAAACACCCCCCUGUCUACCCGGGAAGAAGGUCACAUACAAGCCCAAUUUUAAACCAGGACACAGGGUCUUCAAGGGAGUGAAUUACGCUGAUAUUCCUUUGAAGGAGAACAUGGAUGAAGACAGCGACUGGGAUGACUCUCAUUUAGGGCGAAUCAGCGACGUGUCCGCCUUGCCUGGAUCAGAUUUAGAUGACCCCAGUUCAAGGAUAUUGAAUUUCGCAAACUCGAACAACCCGUACAGUGACCUGUCUAAGAUAAUUAACAUCAACAAACUCAACUACGGCAAGAGCAGUGAGCGGCUCAAAAAUUUUUACAAAAAGCUGUUAAGGGCAGACGAUCAAAUCAAAAAUCUCAAGAAAGGCUUCAGCGACACGUCGAUCACAAUCAAAAACUCGGAACGAAUAAAGAGAUCGUUGAACCACCAAAGCUUCCACAGCGAAGACAACCGCAGAAGACGCAAAAGGAGACACAGCAGACAGAAGAAAAAUGAUAGCUUGAGAUUACCAACGACUUUUGUGAUAGAAAAGAAGAAACUCUUGGUGCAUUAUCCACGGGACGAAAGGAAAAAGGUGCCAAAGUGCUCGCACAUGCCAAAAGAAUCGAAAUCCCACGAAACCAAAUUGAAACAUCCAUUUUAUAAACACACGCAAAGAUUGGACGAACUUUUAGAUCAAUUCAUAGACAAAAAUCUGCCGAAAAUCAUGGCUGAUCCAUUCAACAUAGAUGUUUAUAAGACUGCUGAAGUGAAAACGACAGCUCAUGAUAAAGACACACAAACAACUUCCAAAAGUCACAAGAACGUUGCUAUAGUUAAGGAUACUGAUUAUACAAGGAAACCUAACGAUUUUUUCACAAUUACAUCGGCGGAUAAAUCCGAUUCUGAAGUCAUUUUAGGGGUCACUACUAUAAUGAGCUCCCCGAAGCAUCAUCAGGCGAAGCCGCAAGUAGACACACACCCAAACAUCAGGAAGCUGAUGCAAGUUUACGAACAGGACGAUGAGAGUGUUGGCUACGAAGACCUGAAGGAGGUGUUAGCCGACGAUGAGAGCUCUGAGGAUCCAGAGGUCAAGCUGGACAGGAACAAGAGGAGUCCUGAUAUCACAACGGAGCCCAAUCCAGUAUUCGAAUUUAACAAAAGCAAUCCAGCUGGCAUCCCCAUACCAAACUGGAAAGGUCCACUCCCCCUAUAUCCUGACGAACUCAACACAAUGAUCAAACAAGAAAACGCACACAAAGCGACAGGAUCUAAAAACUGUCGGACGCCGAAUAAACCUAUGUUCACUGACAUCGAGUACGUCGAAGAUUACCUGACGAGUAAAUAUGAAAAAUUGGCUCAAGCGUACAGCGAUUAUGGGGUCUUGGAUGAAAAAAAACCGUUGAAGAUCGAGAAUCAGAAGGCCGAGAAAGCGAAUGUGGAGCACAGAGUACAGUACACGAUGGAUCCAGCAGUAAGGAAUAUACGUAGUAGCUGCAACACGUCAUUUGUUGAUUUGGCAAAAUUUCUAAGCGAUCACAUCAAAUUCCUUGAAGGUUCUCAAGGGAAAAACUUCAACACAGCAAGUGACGACUGCAAGGAGGGCAUACAUUUUGGCUAUUUCGACCGUGAUCUGACAAAAAAAACUGAAUGUGCCACUGACGCCGGCAAAGAGGGCUUCCAUAUUGGCUUUAUUAGACAUGAGAAAGUAAAACGAAACGAUAAAAGCGUCAAACCACCAGCUAUUCAAGACAACGAUACGAAUACUUUAGCUAACAGUGUCACUUUGAAAAAGAGAACUUUGAAAUCAAUUACUGAAAUACCUAGUAUAUUAAAAUCUAACUUCUUGACAAUCAAAGUGGGAUCACAAGUCGAUCCUAAAGUAGAUGACAAUAGUCUAUUUACAAUAGGCUAUAGCUUCGGUGAGAAUGAAACUGAAAUCAAAUUCAGACCGCCUUCUAAACGCUCAUCUGUACAAACAACCCUACUUAAUUAUUUAUUAGGUAAUCAUAUAAAUUUGAGAUCUUUAAAAUCAAUAGCAAUCGAUGAUAGUAAUGAUAAAAAUGAAAGCAUAUUUAACAUUACGGAAGAUGAAACGACGCCAAUGGUACCUGAAUAUGAUAAAGCAAUGACAGCCAAUGCUCCAAAUGAAACAUCUACAGAAGAAAAAUGUACAAAAUCGAAUAAUAAUCCUGAAUAUAAUACACAAACGAAUGAAUCAAUAAUCGGACAGCUUAAAAUCAAAGGCGAUCCUAAGCCAAAUGUUAUAGCAUCAGCUUUGAACAAAUCUAACAUAGAUUUGAAUAUAAACACUGAUGGUAAGAAGAGCAUUAUGGAUAUAGUGAAUAUAGUGAAUUCGCGUAAUGUAACAAAUAAAAGUGAUGGGAUGGAUUUGAGCGAUUUGUUCAGAAUGUUUUCAACGUGGUUCAGUAAACUGGCAAGCGUGUCAUUGGACAAUAAUGAUGACCAAUCAGGAGCUAACUCAUCAAUUAUGGUAUUAAAAUCAAGCGAUGUGCCUGAUAGUUCAGUUGCGGAGAAUUCAUCGGAUUUAGUGUACCCUAAUUAUGAUUCUGAUAUGAUUGAUAAUAUCGGCCAUAGAUCUAGAGUGUUGAUGUCUAUCGCUGAAGCCAAUAACGUAACUAAAAAUAACAAAGGUCACAGUGAAACUGAUGAUGUUAAAAGGGAAUCAGAUAUAAUAAUAAUGAAUUCGACGCACCUAACCAACGACGCUCAAACAACAUCGAAGUACGAAAGAGACGAAAGCAGUCUGAAGGGAGACAAAAGAUCUCCAGACAAUAAGACUAUAGUCAAGAGGAGUUUGUCCGAUAGUGGUCUGGUGUUUUGGAGUGACGUGUAUGAUGACGAGUAUGGUGUUAAAGUUGAUCCAAUUGAUAAAGAAGUUGAAAGGAAAGCUCGCAAAGGCAGAGAAUUUAUGAGGAAGUCCAAAAUCUGGAUUCAGGAUAAAGUUAAGAGCAUAGCGGAGAACAUAAAAGAAUUUCGUCACGACGGAGUGAAGAAGAAUAACAAUGAUGAGGGCCCCAUGAAAGUUUUCAAGAGACACGUACAAGAAGACACGGAUGACACGCCGGAAAAAAUGACUAGUUUUGCAGAUCUCAAGGUCAAGAUGAGAAGUGUGUGCAAAGAGGCGGCCAAGGCUGUACAGCAGACGCGGAAAAUGCAAGUCAGGGAAAGCCAGGAAGAUGCUGCAGCCAACUCGAUCUUGCAGCAACUCGUCAGGAUGAUGUCUGACCUGGUGGACUACCAGGUCAAGCAGAAGACUUGUAUUAAAUUACCAGCAGACCUCCAGAACUUUCUAGAAUGGCUGACAACGCCUCAAAACAUACCGCGGCGGAAUACUCAGGACGGCGACUUUCUAGACGAGCAUAGUGUGCUCGGGAAAGCUAAAGAUUGGGAGACUCCGCAGACGGUUACCGAUGAAAAAGCUGAGUAUUUGGACACACUCCGAGCUGUAGAGGAACUGAUACAACAAUAUGGUCAGAUGAAUGACGAGGAAAAGAGUAAAAUGUCAGGCGUGAGACAGUAUUUGGAGAGUCAACAGGAGUUCCUCACGAAGCAGAUCUCGCUUUUGGAUGAGUUGCAUUUCUCUAAUAUAUAUGGCAAUCAACAACCAAUACGAAUAAGACGAAACAUACGAGAAAAAACACAAGACGCAAAGAGUAAUAAGGAAAGAAGAUUGGGUAAACUCGGAAAAUUUAUGAAAAAUUACGGUACGAGAAAUACUAUAACUGUAAUUUUUGAUGAAGCAACAGAUAAUAGUAAAAUCGAAGCGAGAGAAGUUGACAAUAUAGAUGAUUAUGAUAGAAAUAGUGAUGAUAUUAACUUUGCAAUUGAAAGUAAUAAUGAAAAUACUAAAAUAAAUGUACAAGAUUAUAAUAUGAUUGGUGAUUUUGAUACAGUUGUUAGGGAUAAUAAAUAUAUAGAUAAGCAAUUUAAUGUUCAUUCGAAAGUAAACAAGGAAGACAAUGAUAUGAACAAGAGAAAUCUUCAAGAUGUAUAUUACAGAGCGCUGAAUGAAGCCAAAAAAGUGACUACUGAGAAAAAUGUUGGCAACACUAAUUACAAACUUGUAUGAAAUAGGUAUUUAAAACUAAAAUUAUAUUAGUAUAUCACGAUGAUUUAAUAAUAAAAAGUUUAAUUGAUAAAUUUUAACAAAUACGUGACUUAAAAAUGUUUUUAUUCUCCGUUGAAUAUUAAGUGUUGAUUACCAGUCAACUUUAACGUUAACCUAACUUGCAUGGAACAAUCCAAUGUAUGACAUUUUAUCUAAACGACAGCGGCGCGCAGAUCAAGUUAACGUCUAUUUUGAGUGGUGCAAUCUAAGGAUACUUUUAUAGUAAAAUAGAGACGUCACCGAUACGAGUUUCAUAUAAAUUAUUGAAUUAUAUUUAGUAAAACAUAACUGAUGUGUUUGAAAUACAGUUCUCAACAAGAUAACAUUAAUAGAAAAGUGAGCUUUAUAGCGUCUACUAUAGGCAUAUUUUACAUUGACAACUCGAGAGCUGACAGUCCGUUGAUUUGUUGUCAAUGCAAAGUGAGUCUUAAACGGACGCUUUAGAUGUUAUAUUUCAAUAAACAUAAUUUUGCCGGGCGGGAGCGUUUUCUUGAAAAUCUAUGGCAAAAUGAUUUUUUACCAUUUAAUUAGUAUUUAUUGUGUUUUUUUUACGAUCGAUAAAGCGUUGCAUUAUUUUUUUUGUAAAUCAUAUUAUUAUGAAUGUUCCAAAAUCGAUGUAUCUCAUCAAUAUUUCACUUUAGGAAUAUUUGAUUUUCAUUUGUAUAGGAUCAUUAGUUUUUUUUUUUAAAUUCAAUUUAAUUGUUAAUGUGAGUUUAGUUAUUAAAAUGUAUGAUUUAUAUUUGUUAUAGCUUU